AUGUUUUCUUCUAUCCUUACGUUUUUGUUAUUGUUUUUAAAGAUUCCCAUACUCAUAUCGUCUUGUUUUAUUCAUCUUUUAGAAGAGAUGGGUAUCCGAGGGUUGUGGACGUAUAUAGAAAGCAGCGGUGGAAACUUAUCCGUGUAUGAAUUGCAUAACCAGCCUUUAGUUAUUGAUGCUGAGAACUUUGCUACCGCCUGUUAUCGUGAAGCUGCUUUGCGAUGUGAAUUUGGUGGAGAGUAUUUGGCAUUUAAGAGUUAUGUGCAGUCAUUGUUGAAAGAGUUUAGUAUCUGUGGUGUGGAGCCAAUUUUCGUUUUCGGUGGAUGUCAUCCGAAAGAGGGAACAAAAUUGAAUACUUUGAUGAAGCGGAACAAGGAGUACUUUAAACAACUCUCAUCAGCUCUUCUGAUUGCUAAGUCAACUUGCAGCACAGAGUUGGACAUUGAUAUAGCUCCACGACUUAACAGAAAUGUUCUGGUUGAAAUUCUGCGUGAAUCUUCAAUUCGAUACAUAGCAUGUGAACGUGAAGCUGAUAUCAGUACAGCAGAACUUGCUGUUCAUCUUCAAUGUCUUGUUACUAGUGGAGAUUCUGAUUUUUUUAUUUAUCGACCAAACGAUAAUAAUCAAGUGUAUAAUUUUAUUCCAUUUUCAACUAUUUCACGUUAUUCUAAGAAGAGAUCCGUCCCUUGUUCUAUUUGUAAACGGAGUGGUGCUUCAUGUUAUUUCAUGUCGUGUUCAAUUCUUAAUAAUUCAGGACCGUUUUCUAAACUCAAGUAUCCUAUGUUACCACUUUUUGCCAUUCUCGUUGGUAAUGACAUGAUAUCAAAUAUUCGCCUUCCAACUAUCAUCGAUUCACUAAUCCAUACUUCUAAACUACAGAGGAAGUCCUACUAUCAAAGACGUAUCGAUGCUAUAUUUAACUGGCUGUUAAGUUUCCGUGACAUAGAAGAACCAUUGUCAUUGGUGUUGUCACUUUACAGUGAAAACGAAAGGGAUGGUAUUGGAAAGACAAUUCGUUUAGGGAUUUCGGAUUAUGUUCUAAGUAGUUCAGGAGAAAACCUGGCUCGUGAAUUAGGUUUUUCAACUGAACACAAUAUCUCAUCAAGUGUUUCGUUGUCAAGCAAGAUGGGAAAUUUGAGCAUUCAGGAUCCCACAACUUGUCGGGGUUCUUACUGUGAAGAUGCUUCCAAAUUUUCUAAACCUAUAUUGGAGAGAAAUGAUGAUGAUGAUGAAGACAGUAUAUUUCACCGUUGGCCGAAAGAAUUGAUUAGGCGAUUUAGAUUUCUGGACUUAAUCCCAUCCCUAUUUGACCACAUGUAUGUACGAAAUGGCGCUUUUUCUCGUUUACUAAUGGAGGACAUAAAGAUUCCUAGUUCGCUUGACGAAUGUAUGUCGAAGAUGAGAAGUGCUAUAAAUGGACUUAUAUAUGGACUUGAAAACCACUUGGGCACCAAUGGAAAGUUAUGUGGAAUGGAGAAUGAGUGUGUCACUGAGUAUAGAAGAAACGUGGAUGGUGAUUUUACGAAGACUUUAAUGUCGAUGAAGCCUCUGAAACCCCCUAGUGCUGAAACGCCUGAAUUGUCGUUCUUAUCUUUUUUCUCGAAAUUGUUCAAUGUGAAUUUGGAGAAAGAUUUUAAGCCUCUUGAAAUACAAGCUUUGGCUAUUUUAUUAAUUCUAUGGUUCAGAUGUUCAUCUCAUGCUCAAAACGAAGCUAAAAACAUUAAGACAUCGCCUGUUGCACUUGCGUUGUCAUGUUGUACAAUCGCAAUGAAUUCAAAUCGUGAAUUUCUCGGUAGAAAUCGUGAUGUUGAUGGAGAUUUCGCUAACUCCAUUCGCACACAUCUCGAUAAGUGUGCUGAUGUGGCCAAAUCAAAUUGUUGUCAAGAAGUAAAUAAACGUUCCUUUUGUAUUGAGCAAGUUCACCAACUUAAUGAAUUGCAAAGUAUGGCCACUGGUUUAAAGCAUUUAGUUGCAAUGAUUGAGGUGCUUUGUCCGUUUUAUAUGUCAAAUAGUAAUAAAUUUGAUAGUUGUUCACAUUUUAGAAAUCCUUUCAUAAGCUUUUAUCCGUUUUGGAUGUUAUUUGCCAGUGGACGUCUUUUAUAUUGGAUUAGUCGACUUCUGCAAAAUAUUGAUCCAUCUGAACGUUUCCAUAAAGUUAUGAAUGAGUGGCUUCCAAAAUUGCUUAUAAGGACCAAUACUGGACGUGAACAAGAAGAUUGCGCCUCAAAAGAUCUUACCAAACUUUUCAACCUAAUUGAUAAGUUGAACUCUUGAGAUCUACUUACUCAUGGUUCGGUUUCUAUUAUUAUCAACGCUAGUAUUCGUUUUAUUAUUUCUGAUAAACUGUCAUUUUUAAUUUAUAUAAACAUACACACGCAACACUUGGAUGGUUUGUUGUCGAAACUUUAAACUCUCAUGCCAUACUUGCACAUCGAUUUUCCUAAUAACUAGAAUCAUUCAAAUAUUUUAAAUAUACAUUUCAUCAAUUCAUGCUACGCCUUUAUUUUUGUAAAAGUAGUAAAGAUGUCAAGAACGAAAAAAGUCAGUUCCCAGAAAGACCUACUUCAUAUUCUAUGAAAACUACUUCUCCAACUGCUUGGAUAUAAUAAAUUGUUGACUAUGGUGUAACUGGGCAUGUUAACGCCAGCCACAUUGUUAACAGUCGAUGUGUCUAUGUAUUUUGUGUUUAUUACACUAGAUGAUUGUUUCGAAGUAUUUACUGACGUUGUCUAGGUGGAUGGGAUGAUGAAUGUCUCACGACCAGACCAUCGAAUUCAGAGAGCACUACACCUCCGAAAUGUUGAUCCUGGGCAGGGCUAAAAGUACUCCGUAUUACAUUUGUUUAUGUUUGUUUCUAACUAAACUAAAUGGACAGUGCAGAGUUAUAUGGAUUUGGCUUGCUUAGGUAAUUUAUCUUGUAUUGUAUUUUGUUCAAGUUAUGAUAGAUGAGAUUAUAGGUUGCGAGUUGUCUCGAGAUGAAAUCUGGCUCGAACUCCUCGAUGUGACGAAUACUCGUUUGGCUUCAUAUGGAGUAUUCCACCACAGUUGUUUGUCCUACAUGCAUAAUUAUGCAGGCGCUAGUUGAAAGGAAACCUCAGAAACAAAUAAGAAAGAGGAUAGUGCUUUCCAACAACUUGUCUUAUACGAAGGGUGGGGGGUUAUAAGUAUUUUGGUGUCGUGUGCAACUCCAACUUUUUCACUGCGUUGUUUUAGUCAUUGCGACCGUUAAAGGGGACAUUGUUUGUGUGAGAAGUUGAAGAACGGAAGAGUUAUUUGGUGUACGUUCACUAGUUGGAGUUAUUACUUGGAUGCUGUCAUUUGAAACUAAGCAUAUCUAUGUUAGACUGAGAGAUUUGGUUCUCUAACCGUUCACAAUAUAACGAAACGGCUUAGUUGUGUAUGGAAUGUACCAUUAAAGUAAGGUCUGGAAUAAAAUAUUGUAGGAUUAUUUACGAAACUUGUUAUUAUCCUAGUGAAGAUUACAACAUUAAGAGU